GGGGUGUUCAGAAUGCCUCGUCAUUCCUUAUCGAACCGGAUGCCCCCUGCGCGGCCGUUGGUGGAAAAACGACCACGCAGCACUGGGACUCGGGAUGGUGUGUGUGGGGGUGGGGGGGGGGGGUCCAGAGAGUUGAGGGAGACGCCUGAGUUGGGGCGAGCUCCUCCAGUUGCUCCUGUUGUCGAGGAGCGAGGCGGCAGAGGCCUACGAUGGAGCGCGAGCGGGUGUAUUUGCCAGCGUUGUCCCGCGUGGCGGUGUGCGGUGGGACGCACGGGAACGAGCUGUCUGGGGUGCACGUGGUGCGGGAGCGGCUAAAGGAGAAGCAGCAGAGGGUCGAUGAUGAUGAAGAAGAGGAUGAAGAUGUCGUGUCGGUGUCGAACAUCUUGACGAACCCCCGCGCGGUCCAGCAGUGUCGCCGCUACACCGAGACGGACCUGAACCGCUGCUUUACCCGCGCGACCCUCAGUAGUGCGGUUUCUGACCGGACCCCAUAUGAGAUCGCCCGGUCCCAGGAGCUGAACGUUCUGUUGGGCCCAAAGGGCAGCCCGCAAGCCGUGGACCUGGUGUGUGACCUCCACAACACCACGGCCAACAUGGGCGUGUGUGUCAUCGCCUACUCGGACACUGACUGGAUCUGCCUGCAUAUAUUCAAGUAUUUACAGCACCAUAUGUCCGAUGUACCAGUUAGAUAUAUCCACUUUGAUCUUCCAUGCAGAGAAGCGUACUCCCUUGACUCGCUAGGCAAACACGGUUUUGCUCUGGAGAUCGGUCCUCAGCCCCACGGGGUAGUGCGAUCCAACGUCUACACGUACAUGAAGACUGGGGUGGAGCUCAUGUUGGAUUGGGUCCGUCUCUUCAACUCAGGUACCGUCUUCGCGGGAGGUCUGGUGGAGGUUUACACCAUGGUCAGCGCUAUCGACUAUCCCAGAGAACGGCACACACACAACGUCAUGGCAGCCAUCCAUCCUGAACUCCAGGACCAGGACUUCCGCCUCCUCCGUCCGAACGACCCCCUGUUCGAGACCUUCUCGGGGGCCACGCUGCGCUACCAGGGGCCCGAGCCCCUGUACGCCUUCUUCAUCAACGAGUGUGCCUACUACGAGAAGGGCAUCGCCCUCUCCCUGGCCCGCCGGCGGAGCGUGGAGGUCCCCCCGGUGCAGAUGAAGAGCGGCCUGGAGCACCCAGGGGACCCAGGUACGUCUGAGGAAGAGGAAGAGGAGGACUAGCGCCCCCGACUGACCCAACGACUGACUGUAGGGGGUGUAGCGGCACUGUAGCUACAUUGCCGCGCGGGACGAAGACAACCUGGUGUUGGCUGAAACGGCAGCAAUAAACCAAAACAAGACCAUA